GGGCGGACAGUAAGCGUGGCGGCUGCCCAAAUAGCGAUUUAAAAAAAAAAAAAAAAAAAAACAAUUACCAUUGCAAUUGCAACUACAAUCACAGUUACCCUUACCGUUACCCCUACCGUUACAAUUUAUUCCCGCGUGAGGGGAAAAAAUAAAUAAGUCGGCUUGGUAGGCGGCCAACCCGCGUUACGCACAAAUCGCGAACAAUGCGAAGCGCGCCAAACUGAUAAAGGCCCACCAACCUACACGCGUAUCGUACGCAGGUAAGAAUAACUCGUUCGCAUUUGCAGUAUGUGUUUUAUGGCCCCUUUUUAACGAAGAUCCCCAUGCCCACAUGAAGCAGUACACCCCUAGGGGCGAACUAAUCUCACCUGCCAACUGCUGCAAAGGGAAAACUAUGGCUACGCUUUAGCAGAGGCGAAAGAGAUAGGAAUGACUAUAACAAAAUGAAGGGAAACCUGGAAAACAUCGUGCAGGAAGAAAACGAAUACAAGGAAGAAUGUAUUUUCACAUCAAUUGAUAUCUUUAGUGGACCGCACAACUAUCUAAAUUUUCACUACAUUUGUGAAAUACGCUUUAACGACAUUAGUUUUGUAUCUCCAUACCACUGCUACUUCUUUUUGCGAAAUCAGUUUGAAAAUGCAGAGAAGGCAGAGGCGAAUUAUAAAGAAAAUCUCAGCGCGCAGUUCGAGAGGGAGGUCUACUGGAAGGUGAUAAACGAAAGCAAAGCCACAGAACUGUUUGAGAGCGAAACGGCUAUUUAUUAUGAGCAGGGGGAGUUACCAGGGCGCAGGCGGAAGGCGCUGGAGGAUGUCGCCCAGGUGGUUAACAAGCUGGCUGUCUCGGACUUGGAGGCCAUUUCGCCCUACCUCGGCGAGAACCCCGAGUGGAAGCGAAACAAACUGACCUGGAUGGACAUGAUCCAAAGGGACAAAUUCCGCAGGUACGAAAGGAUGAGAGAAAAUCUAAAAGAGACAGGGAAGCGAGAAAUUGUAUACAAAGUAAACACGGAAGAUGUAGAAAAAGUGAAAAAUAAAAAAAUGAGAAAAGAUUUCUUCUUCUUUGGAGUUUGCGAAAAAAAGGGGCAAAACAAUUUAGGCAGAAUAUACAUGAGCAUAAGAAACGACCUCGCAAAGAACGCGGAGAUUUACACCUGGCUCUUAACAAAUUGCAACAUGCAGACAGAUCGUAGCCUUAUAGCAGACGUUUCGAUAGAGGAAAAGUACUUGGAAAGGAAAAUAGUGCAAGAGGAGGAUGACUAUUCAUAUAAUGAUGCGUUAGUGAAGGAGACUAAAAAGAGUCUUGCCGAAAAUGGGAACUUCCCCCACAGCGGACGUAUAACCGUGGAGGAAAAAACACAAAAUUACUCAUUCGAAAAAAAGGAAUAUAUAUCAUUUGGGAAGAAUGAGCAAAAUGAUAUUAUCUGCCUAAACCCCUCCAUCUCAAGAUUUCAUUGUGUGCUGUUUUUUUCCAAAGACUACCAUCUGUACCUUGUGGAUGUGGGAUCCAAGUCAAGGACGAGGUUGAACGGCAACUUGUGUGAAAUUCAUAGCAAGUACAAAAUUGUUAACAACGAUGUUAUCAGUUUAGGGGUGUCCAAGAGGACCUACAAAGUUAGCAUAAACAUUGACAGCGUUCUGUCCUACUUAGAUAAAAAACAAAGUGAAGUUAACCGUAAAAUGAAAAUGAUGAGAGAAGAUCUGGAAAACCCACUUGGGAAAAAAAACCCACUGAAAUUGAAAAUCUCCAAUAUUUUUUAUAAAUGUAAUGAAAACGAUAUAAUAGACUUUUUUAAAGAUUGUGGCGAAAUUAAAAAGAUACACUUGUAUGAUGUUCCUGCGAAUAAAGAGACGGGACGACAGAAGGUCCAAACGGACUCCAAAAAAAAGAGAUCUUUAAAGGAAGCACUGAUUGAAGUAUACGACGCAGAAACUUCUGCUAAAAUUUUGCAAAAAAAUGAAUCCUUUUUGUACGGACGAAAAAUUUAUAUCAUUUACCAACCACUGUCUACAUAUAAGCCGCGCCAUGCAAAGAGACCGACCUUUUGA